AUGUCGACACUGUCUUUAAAAAAUUCAUUUCAAAGGAAGUCGUCCGAGACACUCGUCUUAACACGGCCCAGAAAAAUAACCGGGUUGAGAUUCUUCACGGUUUACGGUCCAUGGGGCCGACCGGACAUGGCGUAUUUUUCAUUCACGAGGAAUAUUCUUCAAGGAAAGCCGAUUACGGUUUUUCGCGGGAAGAACCGGGUGGAUUUAGCGAGGGAUUUCACUUACAUUGAUGAUAUUGUGAAAGGGUGUUUGGGGUCGUUGGAUACAUCAGGGAAGAGCACCGGUUCAGGUGGGAAGAAAACCGGACCGGCGGCGUAUAGGAUAUUCAACUUGGGGAAUACAUCGCCGGUGACGGUGCCGACGUUGGUGAGUAUAUUGGAGAGGCAUUUGAAGGUGAAGGCGAAGAAAAAUGUGGUGGAAAUGCCUGGAAACGGCGACGUUCCGUUUACUCAUGCGAAUAUUAGUUCGGCUCGGAAGGAACUCGGGUAUAAACCGACCACGGAUUUGCAGACCGGGUUGAAGAAGUUCGUCAGAUGGUAUUUAUCGUAUUAUGGCUAUAAUCACGGAAAACCUGUAAAUUAAACAUUUUAAAAAGGGGAAUUUUAUUUUACUUUUUUUUUUAAAUUUAAUAUAAUUAAUUUUCUCUC